UUUUAGCAUUUCUAAUUUCAUUAUUUAAAAUAUGGACAAAAACAUGAUUUUAUUUGUCACCGAAAUUAUCUGCUUGGCCGCAAUUGGCUCCGCAUUCGGGCAAGGACUUGGUGUGCCUGAGCCACCAGCCAAGGGAACUGGGAUGGGGGAGGAAACUUGCAAAUUGCAAAUUAAUUUGGCCAGUGGGAAUAACGUCUUAUCGGCAGAUGGCGCCUGCUACACGGACAAAGUUCCGGAUCGCGUCUGUUGCAAGAAUCUGAGCGUCUUGGGUGUCAGUGGGACUGGGGCGGUGACGAUUGACCAAUCCUGUCCGGGGGUGCAGCAUUGUUGUAUUGUGAAAGCACUGGUCGAAGGGAUCACUGGAACGGUUAAUGUUCAAUGCUGAAUAGCUGGGAUGGAAUCGUAGA